UACUAAGGGCUUCUGCUAAGAUGAGAACUGAGAGAGUGUUACCAUGAUUCAUCUGGAUAUACCAGUAUAUAACCAGUGCAGUGUGAAAUGUCCCCAUUGGGAGGCUUAGAGCUGGUGAUUUUGUUAGAGCCACUUUCUGUGGCUGAUGGCAUACAUCUCUGUUUGAGGAAAUACCUCAAGUAGUUGGCAUUGUUUAUUCAUGUCACUAUUCUUUCAUUUGUUCCAGUUGACACUCAAGUAUGCUGAGUGCCACAACUCAGGCCUGUGAUCUCUAUAUUUGGGAUGUGGAUGAAGGAGGAUCAAGAGUUCAGUCAUCCUUGGCUACAUUUAGUCUAUCUAUAUACAAUGAACCAACCAAACAAAACCUACUAUCACUUCUUUCAAUCCAAAAAUUAAGUAUGGUUAUUUUGGAGACUUCAUAUUAAUAUAUUCUAUAAAUAUAUAUUAUACUCAAAAUAGGCAUUUUAUGGAAUUCUACUCAGGGUUAGUGAUAUGGCUCAGUGGGUAAAGCACUCGCCUUGUAAGCCCAAGGAUCUGGGUUUGAAUCCUCAGCACUUAUGUAAUGCUAGACAUAGUGAACAGCAAGAAACCUUAAGGUAGAAAGCAAGGACAGACAACCAUAGUUGCCCUCUGAUCUCUAUAUGCCUGCUGUGGCACACGUACACACGCCACACUUGGAGUUAAAAACAAAAUAACUCACCACAAACUCCAGUAUCAGUCUGUAGGAUAAUUGUUAACACAGAAGUUGAUAUACCAGAUAACCUGUAAUACAGUGUUAAUAGUUUUUUGUCUUUGCUUUUUUUGUUUUGUUUUGUUUCGUUUUGUUGAGACAGGGUUUCUGUAUAGCUCUGACUAUCCUGAAACUUGCUCUGUAGACCAGGCUGGCCUUGAACUUAUGAUCUGCCUGCCUCUGCCUCUCAAGUGCUAGGAUUAAAAACAUGUACCACCACCUGGUACUUGUUUUUGUUCUGUUUUGGAGACAGAUUAUCUCUAUGAUGCCCUGGCUACCCUGGAACUCACUAUGUAGAACAGAUUAGCUGAGAAGUCUUAGCGAUCCACCGGCCUCUGCCUCCUGAGUGCUAAGAAAGGUAUGUGCCACUGUCUUAGCUGAUGUUUUAUUGCUGUGAAGAGGCACCUUGAUCAUGACAACUCUUAUAAAAAGAAGACAUUUAAUUGGUCUUUGCUUAUAGUUUCAAAAGUUUAGUCAGUUAUCCACAUGGUAGGCAGACACAGUAGUUGAGAGUUCUACAUCUGGGUCCAAAGGCAGCAAAAAAAGAGAGUAUUAACAGGCCCGAGUUGAAGCCUUUGAGGCUCACCUCCAGAGACACACUUCCUCCACAAGGACACACUUAUUUCAACAAAGCCAUACCACCUAAUCCCUCUCAAGUAGCACUACUCUCUAAUGACCAAGCAUUUAAAUAUAUGAAUCUGUGGGGGCCAUUCCUAUUCAAACCACCACAGCCACCAUGCCUGUUUUAACCAGUUUUUUAAAAAAAUACUGUUUUUAAGUGGUAGAGCGCUUGCCUAGGAAGCGCAAGGUCCUGGGUUCGAUCCCCAGCCCCGGAAAAAAGAAAAGAAAAAAAAUACUGUUUUCACCAGACUUGCUGGCACACACCUUUGAAAGGCAAAGACAGGCAUCAAAAGAUCUCUCUUUUUGAGUUUGAGACUAGUCUACUCUACAAAGUUAAUUUCAGGACAGCCAGAGCUACAAAGAGAAAUCCUGUCUUGAAAAACCAACCAAAUAAAAAAUACAUUGAUUUCUUAAAUUGUAAAUAUGGAAGACAUAUCUUAUAAGAAUAUUUAGGCACGAUUUUUCAGCUGAACCCAGAGCUCUCUUACUGCAGCUGUUCUAGCUACCUUGCUCCAAGAUCCCCUAGUUCUGCCUCCUGAGUGCUGGAAUUAUAUAGGUAGCCAAUGUUCCUGUCAAACAUUUAUUUGCAUGGGCACUUGGGAUACAAACUCUCGUCUUUAUACUUUCAGGACAAGUGUUUUAUCCAUUGAGCUAUCUCCCUAGCUCUACUUUAAGAUUUUUAAGAUUAUGAAUUUAAAACACCUAGGACUUUUAUAUAGUUUUAUGCAUAUGAAACAAUACUACUUACUGUUCCUCUGAAUAGCAGUGUCCACUUAUGCCCAAGUGAUUUAUACUGUCACUUGUUAUUGUUACCAAGUUCCAGGAUCAUUGUUUAGAUGUGCCUGUUUUAUUAAUUUCAGUGAAUUAAAAUCUCAAGAAUACUCACUCAAAUGUACUCAUGAAAAUACCUGCAUGCACCUGUUCCUGAUGUUUUGUCAGUGUUACUUUCUCUGUUUGGAAGGAAGAGGAGCCCUAUGGGUCGAGUAGGUUUUAAAUACUUUUGUGGUUUAAUACCCACCAACUCAAGCUGCUCUCCAUCUUCCCCUUGCUAGCUUUAUACACAGAGAGCUGCUUCCCUUAGUUCAUAUCUGCACAGAUGUCAUCUGUUUUCACUCUCAGACACCACACUGCUGGUUUCUGCCCAGCCUACUUUCCCACAUGUUUCUAAGUACAUACAGCCUCAUUAUUACUUAAUAGGUUUGGUUUAUGUGCUGUCUGCCUUCUUCAGUUAGACUGUGUUAUACCUGUGGACAAGGACUUGGUCUUUUGACUCAAAGCUGUAUUCUUAAUGUCCAGACUUGAAUGUGGACAUAGAAGUCCUUAAUGCAUACUUGGCAAAUGAACAAUUGGUUCAUUAGUAGCCUAAACAGUGUGAUGGAUAGGGCAUGUUCAUUAAUCUGAUAUUUGAAAACAUUGUUCAAAGUAAUCAUUUCCAAAUCUGACUGUUACAAUUACUUGAGUUUUAUAAACUAUGGAUUCUCAAGUGUGGGCCAUGCUUUUAUAAUGAGUUUGGAACAAAUUAGAUAAAUUUGGUGAUAGACUUAUAAGUUCAACCUAGAAUCCUAACUAGUUUAAUCUGUAACAUAUGCAACAAGUCUCCAUUUUGAGCUGACCCAUGCUGCACUGUAUUUUAAGAAAUGUGUAGGUAAAGUGACUGAGUUGUGUUUGGCACACUAAAAAAUGAGUUGCAACCUCAUACCACUGCUGCAGUAAAGGGAAAAUUCAUUUGGAACAAUGCUACAUUUGAGGGAAGACAUAUUAAUCCAGUUAGAUAAACAGGUAAAAUUAGGAAGAGCAGAAUCCCAAUCUUUAGAUCCUUAGACAAUAAGUUAGCAUAGUCAAAUAGAAAAGAUAGCUUUGUAGGGGGAAGAAAAAUUUCAAGGAGAGGGCAUAGGGAUUAUAAACCAGUGAGAGAAUACAAUUUCUGUUUGAAUUAGGAUCAGUGUCAUAGCUGGCUGGGGGUGGGACCAAUCGCCUCAGAGCCACUAUGGGAACUAGCUGCAUCACUUACUCUGGACAGAAGGAAGCCUUCAUUAGUGUAGCUCAGGACUGGACAAGGUUUUUCAGUAAAUACCAAAUAGACAUCUCGGGGGUUUUGUAGACUCCGCAUCUGUGGCACUCUCAGUGAGGUGAAAGCAGCACUUGACUAUGUCACUGUGCUCUUCCAGGACACGGCCCCUCCCAGCAGCAAAAACUCCCUUACAUAAAUUGACAAAUCCUACCUUUUUUUUUUUUCUUUUUCUUUUUUUCAGAGCUGGGGACCAAACCCAGGGCCUUGCGCUUGCUAGGCAAGUGCUCUACCACUGAGCUAAAUCCCCAACCCAAUCCUACCUUUUUUGUGAUUUGAAAAAAGUAUUAGAGGAUUUUUUUAAUGAAAUAAAACCAAGAACAAAAGUUUCAUUUAAUGAGUUUUUAAAAAACUGAUACAAUUGCUUAUACACUUUUUAAAAACUUCUUAAAAUUCUUAGAUGAUUUGUGUAUGGGUGCUGAGUAUCAAACACAGGGCUUCACACGUUAGGCAAGUGUGGUUUCAUUGAGCUACAUUGCCGACCCACUAAAAUAUAUUGUAAAUCGUCAUAGUUUAAUGUCAGACUAACUUUUCUUUAUAGUUGUUGAGUGGGUUUUCUGUAGUAAGGAAACUGGCACAAGUCCCACCUACACAUUCAUAGCAGACCCUGCACAUGAUAAGUACAUAUAUAAGAAUAUAUAUGUGUGUAUAUAAAAUAUAUUUAAAUAUACAUAUUUAAAAUGAAUAUAUAUGUCUCUAUAUGCAUAUUCAUUUUAGAGAAUACAUUAAUGACAUUCAGUGAUUUUCAAGAAGUUUUAUUUAUAACCAAAUCUGCUUUACAGAGUUUAAAAAUAGUUCAAAAAAAUUAAAAAUAUGUAACUGGUCCUAGAGACAUGGCUCAGCAGUUAAGAGCACUGGCUGCGCUUACUGAGGACCUGGGUUCCAUUUCUAGAACCUACGUGGCAGCUCACAGCUGUCUAGAACACCAGCUGCAGGGCAUCUGACACCCUCUUUUGGCUUUGGUUGGAACUGCACCAUGUGUUGCACAAGCAUACAAGUAGACAAAAUACCAAUAUGUAAGAUUUAAAAGAUGAGUGAUACAGAAAUUAGAAAUAAAACGAGAAGGCCAUUCUGUUCUACCCUGAUCUCUGCCCCCUUGAAAUGUACUCAGUAAAAUUGUCUUUUUAUUACUCUGGAAAAAUAAAAAUUAAAUAGUACAUUUUAACAAUUAUUAUUAUAUGCUUUUGUCCUCUUAAGGUUUCUGUUUGCUUAAAGGUAUUAAAAUCCAGAGCUUUGGGGCUGGAGAGAUGACUCAGCGGUUAGGAGCACUGACUGCUCUUUCAGAGGUCCUGACUUCAAAUCCCAGUAACCAUAUGGUGGCUCAUAACCAUCUGUAAUAGGAUCUGAUGCCCUCUUCUGGUGUGUCUGAGGACAGCAACAGUGUACUCAUACAUAAAAUAAGUAUUUAAAAAAAAACAGAGCUUCAGAAGUACCUCACUUAGCUGCUUCCUGCAUCCUUAACCCUAAAAACAAUACUUUAAAAGAAAACCUCAUGAUUUGAACUUUUCUGUUAGGGUUUUUAAGUUAAAGGUUUCAAGUCAAACUGCUUGUGAGUUUUUGUAUAUCCAGUUGUAACUUGUUUCCUGUGCCUAAAUUUGUGUAAUGUAAUAUUUUGUGAUUAGUAUUAGAGAUAAGAUCUUACAUUCUAUAAAAUCAUGUUUCCAUUAUAUCUGUUGUAUUCAAUCCAUUUAAUAAGCCAAUUUGUGGUUACCUUUUUAUCUUCCUACAUCAUAGCAGCAGGUAGUCUUUGAAGGGCGUGGCCAGGUUGCCAGUUUUCCCUAUGAUUAUGGGAACAGUAAGUAGCUAAUGCAUUUUGUUCAGUGACAGAAAAAUACAUUAUCAAGUAGGAAAGGAAGAGGAAGUUGAAUGAUUAAAUUAUUCUGUGAAGAAUAAUGGAAAAAUCUUUGUAAUAUAAGAUGCAACAAAAUAGUAUGCUUGAGUCUCUGUUGAUAGAUAAAUUAUAGAAAGAAAACAGUUACAUAAAUCUGACUAACUUCUUUUUAUUCCUGUGUGGUUAAAUCUGAUUGUUGUUUCUUUUUAUUCCUGGGUGUUUAUAACUAAGGUGGAGAAUGUUACAUUACCUGAGUGGACUUUGAGGAGCCAAAGAAAGGCAGACGUUGUUCUUUCCUCUCUUGAGUAAUUUGUCCAAGUUCUACAAAUUCAAGUUCAAAUGCAGUCACAGGGGCUAACCACCCAACUGUGUGAGGUGGAGGUGACUUGAACCAGGAACUUCUCUGGUUGGGGAGUCACUGCUCUGUGAUGUCAAGCUGUAGGUGAGUAGUGAGGUUGAGCGACCUUACCACUUGCUCCUGGCAGAUGAGCGAUCUCCUGCUGCACAGUAUGUGGACCUGCUGCUGAACCCGGAACGGUACACUGGCUACAAGGGCUCCUCAGCGUGGAGGGUGUGGAACAGCAUUUAUGAAGAAAACUGCUUCAAGUAACUGAGGACUGGAGGGGGAGGGGCAGGUGUCAUUUCUGUUGGAGAGCACUCCAUGUAAGUUAAGCCAUUUUACAGCUGAGCUUUGUGCUCUCUUUCAGGCCUCGAUCUGUUUAUCGCCCUUUGAAUCCUCUGGCGCCCAGCAGAGGUGGGUUUUUCCAUACAUUUCGUGCCUUUUCAGAUUGAAGGAAAACAAAGCAGCAAUUUUAUAUCUUGCUUAAUUUUAGUAAUUUAAGCAAGCAGGAGUUGAUAGACUUGGAUAUCUUCUGGAGUUCUAUGCUAGGUCCUAAAGUAGGAGCUUGGCGUAAGGUAGAUGAGAAGGUGUGAAUGAUCUACACAUACCCCAGAUUUCCUGAGAAAUUUAAAUUCUAGAGGCCAGAUCAUGUCCUACAACAAUAAAUUAAGAAGCCAGAAAGUGAGGACCCUGUCCCCAUGUUUUUAAACUCUAGUUUAAUGACUCUCAACCUCCUAAUGCUGGAACCUUUUAAUCUAGUUCCUCAUGUUGUUGUGACCCCAGCCAUAAAAUUACUUCAUAACUGUAAUUUUGCUACUGUUAUAAAUUGUAGUGUGAAUAUCUGUACUUUCUGAUGGUCUUAGGUGAUCCCUGUGAAAGGGUCACUCAACCCGAAAGGGCUCAUAACCCACAAAUUGAGAAAGUGUGCUAGCUGGUGAUGUGCAGCCAAGGUGGAGAGUCAGGGGCUCACCACAGCUUCUCCACAGUGCACACAGGUCACCUGGGAGUCAGGUGAGCACACAACAUAGGGGGCUGUGUCCCACCAGAGACCUAUCUAACACAUUCUUUGUGCUGCUUGGGGUACAUACCUGUGUACCAUGCUCUGCACAGAAAGGAUUUUGAGAAUGCAGACAAUCUGGCUGCCCUCAAUAGUGCUCAAGUCCCUGUACUGUUCUACAAAGUGGCCAGUUACUAGCUAGCCAUUAAGUUUCUAUGAGUAGUGUGAGACUGAAUUGCAGUUUUGCAUUUUAAGUUUAGUUCACUUGAUGUAAAUAUGGUGGCAGUGCCAUGUACCAUUGUCUUCAUGUAAGAAUCUUUAUGUUGAGGCAGAACUCUUAGCCCACAGCAUGUGAUGCAGAGAUUGUCAUGUCCAAACACCUCUAAAAAGAGCUAUUUAAGGCACAUAGUAACUAAUGUGUUCAGAUGGUGUAACAUGCUGUAUGUAUAGUGGGGACAUCUUCAUCCUCUUAUCAGGAUGCAGGAACAGCAAAUUCCUGAGAUUGACCCUAAGAUUAGCUAGCUGACCUAAGAGUCCAGAGUUCAGGCCAGGGCUAAGAUAAAAAGUUGAAAUUCCUAUGUAGAUUCAUAGGAAUUUCCUUCUGGCCUGAAGCCCAAAUAGAUGUGGAAUAAUUGAACAUAGGCAUUGCUUUUAGAUGCUGCCUAGGCAAAAUGAUGUUCUCCAAGCUCAUUCUGAAACUUCCUGGUAAGGUUGGGACUAUGAACAGAGUGGGCAUAACUUAUUUUUUGUGUCUUUUGCUGCUUUGACAUCAUAACUUUGGUUUUUCAACUUCAACUUCUUAAUUACACAAAAUGUUACAAAAAAUAAGACACUGUAGAAGCUAUAUAUAAAGGACAAGAGGACAUCCCUCCCUCUUCUGUUCUUAGUUACAGUUAAGGAAGGCAUUUCUUCAUACCUUUCCUGUGGUUAUUUUGUUUCAAAGUAGAAAUAUAAUUUUAUUUUUAAGCAAAAGAUGCCAGAUACAAAGAAACACUUUGUUUCCAUUUACCAUACAUUAGACAAGAAACCAUUGGAAAGAGGAGGAGGGGAAAGAGAGUGGGCACAGCUCUUCUGCUGCUCAAAAAAGCCAGCAGCUCUGGCUGAUGCUAUUGGUGGGUUCUCUACUGACAUGGAGGGCUCUUCUGGCUCAGAAUAGUUUCUUCAAUUCUAUUCCUAAGGCAGUGUCAGCUCUAGGUUUCUGUUUUUCCAAAAGAUAUUAAGCAACAGAACCUUUUCCUGAGAAAUUGUCCUGUCAGAAUCUGUCAGACAAAGGCCACAGUCAGAACAACAGUAUAGCUAGCUCAGCCUUCAGGCCUCUCCUACCCUAGGAGGAUGAGAUGGGGAAAAGAAUAACCAUCUAGAAGAGUACCCAGCAUGGAAAUUACGCUGUCCACAGAGGUGGUGCUUAUGGUACUGAAGGAUGUUUUCUAUAUCUGAUAUAGUGAACUUGACUGCCUCUGGCCAUCUCAGAUGAUGCCUAUCUUUUCAUGUGCUGAAGAUGGAAAUCCAAGCCUUGUGCACAUUUUAGCACAGCGACAUCUCCAGCUCUUCAGAAUCUCACUGAGCUGCCAUCCCAGCCUGAAACUCAGAGCCCACACAAGCCUUGAACUCAGUGAAGGUUCUGCCCUCAGCCUCCCAAGUGUCUGGGAUUGUGGACCUGUGUUACCAGGCUCGGUUCCUUCUCCCUUCUCACUUUCUUCCCUUCUUGCCCCAUCCUCCAUCUGUUUGUUUUGUAGAAUGUGAAAAUCUUGUACUCUUUAGCCUGUGUCUUUGUUAAGAACUUUAUUUGCAGGAUGCUUGCAAUAGUGAUCAGAGUUCAUGAUACAGUAAACAGUGUAACAGUGAGGAUUAGUUUUGCAUUACUUAGCAGGGCUGGAAUCUGAGUUGGGUGAGACAUUUUAUAACAUCUUUUUUUUUUCUUUUAGGGGAAGAUAAUGGUGAGUUGAAACUCUUGUGUUUACUUCAACCAUGGAAGAAAUCUUUUUAUUAUUAAGUAUUUGAUGUUUUUCUUUUUUUUUUAAAGCAGAUGACUUAGCCUAUUUUUUUCAGAAACAAAUGGUGACUGGUAAUAAAUGAGAUUUUUCUUAGCAUAAAGUUGUCUUAUGUUUUUUUUAAAAAAAGCAUGAGAUCAUUUAACCUAAAUGUUUAGUGUGUAAAGUAGGUCCAUUUUCCAAGUUUCUGGUCCAUUUUCUGUUAGUGAAACCUUGAAUGUUGGUGAUAAGACUCUUGCUGCUAAUCUCGACCUAAGUUUGAUCUUGAGGACCCAGAUGAUAGAAGAACAGAGUUUAUUUCAUUUAGUUGUCCUGUGACUUCCACACAUUUGCUAGGCAUGCAAGAACCUCUCCUCUCACUCGCAUGCACAAUGGAUAGUAUUUUUUAAAUUCUACAUGAGGAUUCUGAGAAGAUGUAGCAAAGUUAUUUUUAUGACUUCUUUAUUUUCUUGUUGACUUUGAAAGCUACUUUUUUUUUUUUUUUCUGGAGCUGAGGACCAAACCCAGGGCCUUGCGCUUGCUAGGCAAGCACUCUACCACUGAGCUAAAUCCCCAACCCCGAAAGUUACAUUUUCUGUUUUCAGUAAUGUGCUUAAUUUCAUAAAGACUAAUUUCCAGCAUUUAGCUGUGAAACAACCAGAAAAUUAUUCCAGUCAGUUUCUCCUUACCUGUGUUCAGUGGCAUUAUGCAGACUGAGAGGAUGUAUAAAAUUCCCUCUGUGAGCCAAGGAUGCACAGAGGAAGACAAAUGCAAUACUCAACCAACACCACAAACACACAGAAACUCAGACACCGCCAACCCGCAGGUGUAACUCAGUGAGCGUAAAACAAAGCACCCUCAUGCACGAGAAAAUGAUGAGGAAAGCUUCCUGAAAGAAGCAGUCUUUAACCGAAUUAAAGGAGCAGGUGUAGAUGAGUAGAAUUCACUAGUGCAGGCUUGUUGGAAUAGCACAAGCCUAGGAACUGAGCAGGAAGUCUAGUGUGUCCUGCUGGCUGUUUGCAGUGGGAAGGACUGAAAUCAGCUAAAGGGAUGGGUUCAGAGGCCACAUGGAAGCUCCUGGGACCUGCCAGUUGCAGUUGAGAGAAUCAUUCUAUACGUGGCUAGAAGGUUUGUGUCUUGAGAAAAGAGUCUUCUAUAAGCUUAUAUCAGGACUUCAUGCCAGCAUCAAUUUACAUCUGUGUGCAAAUUAUCUUCUGGAAGAAACCUGGGGUAAACCUAGUUGGGGACCUAACAUCAAAGAAUUUAAACGCCGCUUUGACACUGUGGAAACAAAGGGGGAAGGUCCAAGAAGGCUAAAGAAUCUAUACUUUUUAUACUUGAUAGAGCUUCGUGCUUUGUCAAAGGUGGCCCCUUAUUUUGAGCGCUCAAUUGUUGAUCUUUACACUGGCAACCUAGAAGAUGAUGCUGACACCAAGACCCUUCUGCUCAGCAUCUUUCAGGAUACAAAGUCCUUUCCUAUGCACUUCGAUGAAAAAUCCAUGUUUGCAGGUGACAAAAAGGGGGCCAAGUCAUUAAAGGAGGAAUUCCGGUUACAUUUCAAGAACAUCUCCCGGAUCAUGGACUGUGUUGGGUGCGAUAAAUGCAGAUUGUGGGGGAAAUUGCAGACUCAGGGUUUAGGAACUGCUUUGAAGAUACUAUUCUCUGAAAAAGAAAUCCAAAAACUUCCGGAGAACAGUCCAUCUAAAGGCUUCCAGCUCACUCGGCAGGAAAUAGUUGCUCUUUUAAAUGCUUUUGGAAGACUUUCUACAAGCAUAAGAGAAUUACAGAACUUUAAAGCAUUGUUGCAGCACAGGAGGUAAUGAAGACUUUUCUAUGUCUUCAUCGACAUAGCAGACUGUAUGAAGCCUUUUAGCCUUGGACACUGAGCAAAGAGACUAAGAGACUUCAAGAAUUCUGAACUCUUUAAGAGAAAAUUCAAAUGUUCACUUGAAUAUUUAUGAUCCUUAAUAGAAUAUCAAUUAGAGAUAUUUAUAAAUGAAGUAUAUACUUUAAAAUUGUAAGUAAUACUAAUGCCAUGUUUGUGUCACAUUUUGUUUGUAUUGUAUUACCCUGCUUUCCUAGUUGUCAAACUUUAAAUGACCGCGUCUAUCCUGAGAAGACUGUUCAAUCUGUUAUAGAAGAAGACCCAGGGAACCAGUGCUGCCUAGAGCUGGUCCCAGUGACAGAAAUCUAUAAAUGGUGUAGUUAGUGUUUUAGACUUGCCUAACACUGUGUGUCAUCCUCUGUAAUACAGGGCUGUCACUAUAAUGAAUAGGCCUUUCAGUGACUAGUGAGAGGUUCUGGAUGACUUCCCAGGACUUCAACCCUGUUAAGAUGUUUAGUUGCUGUUGCUGCUGUGGUUUUGGCCUAAAGGGACCUGCCUUGGUGAAGGUGGGUAAGUGCCCUCCCAUGCUCACUUGGCCUGUGUACCCAGGCCGGCUCAAGAGUGGAGUGUCCUUUACCUAGAGCCCUCAGCGCCCCUUCUGACUUUUCUUUGUUCCUCUCCUAAUUAUAGACAUUUUUAGUUAUUUUAUGAAAAGCCCUAUUUAUUUAAUGAAUUUUUUUCUCCACAAAAUUUGAAUGGGAUUCUAUGGGUUUCUAAUGCUAAUUGGAUUAUACACAAAUUCUGCUGUUUUAAAGUAAGCAUUUUAAAUAUUUGAUUUUGAACACAAUCUAUGCAAUCCUCUACCUCUUUUGUGUGACUCUGUCUGGUGAGAUGCUUCAGCUUGAGUGUCACUUCCUCCCUGUCCUCCAUCUUCAGUUCAUCCCAGACCAGCCAUCUCGGUAUGACUUAAGACAGUGGAGAACUUGAAGGCUCUAGACUGUCAUUUUCUAAACCUGGGGUUUAAAGUCUUUAAAUAUUUUAAAUCUUGGUUCUUUUAAAGGUGGCAUUGUAUAAUGGGAUUACUUGAAAAGUUUUUAUCUGUGUGAAAGUAAUGAGUCCAAAGUCUUGCUUCUCCUUAGAUUCCGUCUUUCUGAAGUAAACAGUAAGUGCUCUUAAAUCCACAUUUUAUCUGCCAAAGUCUGAACUAUGUUCCUUAUAACUGCAUGGUGUACACCAGAUUAUUUAGUUGGCUCAUUCCCCUCUCAAUGCCUGGUCUUCCACUACAGAUGUGUGAUGGGGGCUGAGUCCUUUGUAGUUAUUUAUCUUCCUAAUUUCUAAUCUUUAUAAACUUAAUGUUUCACUGAUAAUGGUGAAUUUUGUAGGUUGAUUAUUUUUUAAGCUGACUUGACAUUUUCCUUUUUCUUUGCUUUUUAUUUUUUAAAGAAUUGCAAGUGUUACCAUGUGAUGGGAACAGGCCACUGUAAGACAAAAAGUCUACAAAUUGAAUGCCAGUGACCUUGCUCUAGUACAUCAAUCAGUGGAUUCUGUAGCUCCCAUUUAGAAUGUAAGAAUAUGUGGAAAAUUUGCACUUGUCUAUUUUUACUUUAAAUGCAGAGGUUAUCUGGAAAUGUCACUUAUCACCACUGCAGUUAGAUGCUAUUGUUUAUAAACUAUUUGCUUAAAAGGGGGGAGGGCAUUUCCACUUGCUGAUUUUUUUCUCAACUGUGAUUUUUUUUUUCUAAGCUUAGGAUACACAGUAGUACAGAGUGUGUUCUAGGAAGUUGAAAGAAAUGGUUGCUAGAAUAUCCUCAAGGUUGUAACAAAUUUCUUCAGUAGGGAAGUAUGCUGAAGUUGGUGUUGGUUAGAUUAACUUUUACAUACAUUAUGGUGUGCUGAUGUACGCAUAGCUGACAUUGCCAUGACAUUUGAGGACUGUGGGUACUGUAGGCCUAUUUGGUGACCUUGGUGAUGCGUCUGUCUGUAGGAGGCUGUCUGCCAGUUCUAUCGCCUGUGCUGGGAGAAGUGCAAGCACUGCUUUCAUUGUGAGAUUGCUGCUCAGCUGAGCGACAGUGCUUGCUGUUCCUGUGUCUCAUCACUUACUGUAGAAAUCUAGCACUCAACAGCAGACCCACUCAAAUAGUUGUACCUGGUGCCAUAAUCAGUGUGAAGAGGAAGCAUUUUCAUCGGUGGUCUAUAUUUUCCUUUAGUGACAUCCAUGUUAGACAGAUUUGACAUACUAAAAUGGUCAAUGUGCAGUACUCUUCCUGUUUUGAAUUAUGUGGAGGAUCAACCAAACAACAAGAUAUCAAAUUUGAAACUUGACAAGUCAAAUGUUGGCUCCCUGUAUUUUGUGUAUGAAAUGCUGUGCCGUGUUUCUUGACCCUGCCUAGGUGCCAUGGUGUAUAAGGAAAGACAACUGUGCUGGUCUUCCUCAGCAUUGCCCUCAGCUGGACACCUGAGAACAGUUCACAGUAGGCUUCUCAGCAGUGUGCAGACUGAAGUUCCUGCAGAAGCCAUAGCUAGUCACCAAAAGGUGUGCGCAGACCAGGUACACACCAUCAUGGAAAUUCCUUGCUACAAACCAAGUACAUAAAUUCACGUGUCCUUUAUUUGAAAUAACAUCUACAGGUGCAGCUUUGAGUUUUCUGAGCAGAAUUCCAAAUAAUUUGCUGUUGUACCCACCAGAAUCUAAACCAUGAAUUAAAACACAUGUUUCUGCAA